AAUUAACCAAACAUCUUUAAGCCAAUUCACCACCCAACAACUCCUCUCCGAACUUCAAAAAAGAAAAACCCAACAAUUAAUAGCCGUUUUUAACCAAGACAAGUUAACCAAUGGCACUAUCAAACUUAACCAACAAUUUUUAAAGAAAUUAAAAGUGGGUGAAAUCACUAGUAUGAAAUUAGAUCAGAAUAUUUUGUGCUUAAUUACUGAAAAAGAUACUCUAUUAGCCCAAUUGAUUAAAGAAAAUGCCAAAUAA